AAAAAUUUUCAGUUCUUGUUGAGCUCCGAGUCUGCUAGGAGCUAAAUGAACUAAAAAAUAAAAAAAAAAAUUAUUUAAUAUUUUUUUAACUUAAAUUUUAAAAAUUUAUUUAAGAUAAAAUUAAAUAAUUAAAUAUUAUUGAAAACUUAUUGAAAUUCAUAAAAAAUUAGCCGCAUUCUUAUUUAACGGGAAUCGGGAAUUUAUAUUUAGUCAAAAUAAAAAUACUCAUGUAAAAGUUCAAUUAAACUAUUGGAGAAAAGUUGCAAUAAUUUUAUUUUUAGUUAAAUAUUUUGCUUAAGGUUAUCACUUAAAAACCUUGAAAAUGCCAGAAAAAACGGACUCUAAGGAAAGUCUUGUUCCAAACAUGCAGGAAGAAGAUUUAGAAAAAGGAGUGACAGGAUUCGACUAUCUGGUAAACGCACCAGAAGAAUAUGUUUUGAGGGAUAUCGAAAAGAGGUUUAUUAUAGCUGUUGAAAAGGGUGACACUGCUGGUGUAGAAACUAUCAUUCUCGAAAACAAAAAUAAUCCCGAGUUUAAUAUUAAUUGUGUGGAUCCACUGAACAGAAAUGCUUUAAUAUCAGCUAUUGAAAAUGAAAAUGAAGAUCUUAUUGGAAUUUUACUUCGUGAAGGAAUAGAGGUGGGAAAUGCUUUAUUACAUGCUAUUUCUGAAGAGUACGUUGAAGCAGUAGAAGAAUUAUUGAAAUGGGAAGAGAAAACUCACGUGGAGGGAAAACCUUACAGUUGGGAGGCAACUGACACUUCGAUGUCUGAUUUUACACCGGAUAUUACGCCAUUAAUUUUAGCUGCCCAUCGUAAUAAUUACGAAAUAUUGAAAAUUCUUUUAGAUCGAGGUGCAACACUUCCUAUGCCUCAUGAUGUCAAGUGUGGCUGUGAUACAUGUGUCAAGACGCAGGAAGCUGAUUCACUUCGUUAUUCGCAAGCCCGUAUAAAUGCCUACAGAGCUCUAUCCGCCAGUUCUUUAAUUGCGCUUAGUUCAAGAGAUCCGAUUUUAACUGCUUUUGAACUAUCAUGGGAAUUAAGACGUUUACAGAGCAUGGAAUCUGAAUUCCGCGAUGCUUAUUUUGAAAUGAGGCAGGAAACUCAAUCGUUUGUUUCGACGUUAUUAGAUCACGCCAGAACUUCUGUGGAGUUAGAAAUUAUGUUAAAUUUCAAUCCAGAAGCUGAAGAUAAAAUAUGGUUCCCUGGACAGCGUCAAACUCUAGAGCGUCUUCAAUUGGCUAUUAAAUAUAAGGAAAAAGCUUUCGUUGCGCAUCCAAGUGUCCAACAACUUUUAGCAGCGAUUUGGUUUGAUGGUCUCCCUGGUUUUAAAAGGAAAACACUACCAGAUCAACUUGUUCAAGUUUUAACAAUUGGAUGCAGCUUUCCAAUAUACUGCAUGAACUAUAUCCUAGCACCGAACAGCGAGAAAGCUAAAUUAAUGAAAAAACCUUUUGUCAAAUUCAUUAUGCACACCUCGAGUUACAUGGUGUUUUUAGGGUUACUGGCAGGAGCUUCUCUUAGAAUAAUCCCAAUUAUGUUCGAAAUCAUUGGACUUCCUUGGAUGCUUCAAAUGUUGGAUAAUUGGAGAAGAUAUGAAAGGGGUUCAUUACCAGGUCCUAUUGAGUUAAUGAUUAUGAUGUAUAUCGGAAGUUUAAUAUUCGAAGAAUUGAAAACGCUUUAUGAAGAAGGAUUAAUGGAAUAUAUUUACGAUCUAUGGAAUAUUGUCGAUUUCAUUGCUAAUCAAUUUUACGUGACAUGGAUAAUGCUGAGAUUGUGUUCAUGGCUUGUUGUUCAUAGAGAUCUUUGGUAUCGUAAGAUUGACCCAUAUUUUCCAAGAGAAAAUUGGCAUCCAUUUGACCCGAUGUUAGUUGGUGAAGGUGCUUUCGCAGCUGGAAUGAUAUUUUCUUUUCUUAAAUUGGUUCAUAUUUUUCCAAUAAAUCAACACUUGGGACCCUUACAAGUAUCACUUGGCCGAAUGAUUAUUGAUAUUAUUAAAUUCUUCUUUAUUUACACAUUGGUUUUAUUUGCAUUUGGAUGUGGUUUUAAUUUACUUCUCAUGUACUAUGCAGAAUUAGAAAUGAAAAAAUGUUAUCAUUUACAUCCAGAAAUCGCUGAUUUUGAUGAUCAAGAGAAAGCUUGUACAAUAUGGAGAAGAUUUGCAAAUUUAUUCGAAACAUCCCAAUCAUUGUUUUGGGCUUCUUUUGGCCUUGUUGAUUUAGUUUCAUUCGAAUUGGCUGGUAUCAAAGGCUUUACCCGAUUCUGGAGUUUGCUGAUGUUUGGAUCUUACAAUUUAAUUAAUAUUAUUGUCCUACUAAAUAUGUUGAUCGCUAUGAUGUCAAAUUCAUAUCAAGUAAUUUAUGAAAAGGCUGAUGUUGAAUGGAAGUUUGCUAGGUCUCAAUUAUGGCUUAAUUAUUUCGGAGAAGAUGGUGUUCUACCAGCACCUUUUAAUAUGUGUCCAACAAUGGAACAAAUGCAAAAAAUGUUUGGAAAAACGCCAAAAAGAACAAAGAGUAUCACUAGAAAAGAUAAAAACAGGGCACAAAUACUUCACGAUAAGGUAAUGAAGUUAAUUAUUCGGCGUUAUGUAGUAUCCGAGCAACGGAAACGUGAUGAAACUGGAGUCACUGAAGAUGAUAUAAUUGAGACAAGAGCUGAUAUUAGCAGUUUCCGUUUUGAAUUAUUAGAUAUUUUGAAGAAAAACAAUUGGGUUGUUCCCCAUGCCGACGAAAAGAGCGAGGGAGUAAAUAGGAAAACAAAAAUAUUAGAACGUCGUAUAAUGAAAGAUUUCACAAUUGGAAUUGUUGAAAGUAUACAAAACGAAAUUAGCACCGGAACUACAGAUGUGUUUAGUAGCAUUGCAAAAGUUAUUGGCAAACGAAAAGAAUCUAUUCCAAAAGAUGGCACUAAGGAAAAGAAAGAUUGGAAUAAAAUUGUUAAGAAAAAUUUCAUGUCGAAUUCUGAUCCAAUAGGAAAUUCAAAAGAUAGAGCUCUUCGUGCUUCUCAAAAAAGUAUACGCCGCAAAAUGAUUGAGGAAGAUAAGAAAGAAUGGACUCAAAUGGAUCAAAACGAAAUACUUAAAUUCAAUCCCCUGUUGGAAGACAUCGGUCCAGCAACACGUGCAGCUUAUGUUAAGUUUAUGAAACCAACCCUUCAGAAACGAGCAGAAGCCGAAAAGGCUAAGGAAAGUGAAGCAGGUCCUUCCGCCACUAAACCCUCAGGUGAAGGAGCUGUCCGUAAGCCUACCGUUUCUUAUAAGACAACGAAUGAGAAGAAAAGUAACGCCCCAGCACCUCCGCCAUCUGAUGCACAAGCGAAAAAAGCUGAAACAACAGCUGGGCCGGCAAAACCAAGCGAUCAAUCAAAAACAUCAGCACCUCCUCCAAAUAAUCAGAAACCUGCUGACAAUAAAGCUGGAACAGAAGAUUCGAAAAAAGAUAAUAAAACUGAUAAACCUGAUGCAGAUAAAUCUAGCGGAAAACCAAGUGCCACACCUGGGGAAAAAUCUAGUGACGCUGCUGCUGCCAAAACGGACAAACCGGAUCAAUCAGCCAACAAAGCGAGUGAUAAACCAGGUGACAAGCCUGCCGAUAAACCAGCUGACAAACCAGCUGAUAAACCUGCUGAUAAGCCAGCUGACAAACCUGCUGGAAAACCAAGUGAUAAACCUGCAGAUAAACCAGCUGCAGCAAAAGCAGAUGCACCAAAAGUAGAUAGCAAAGCAGCAAAAGAAGCUAUGAUUUCAGCUGGUGCUGGUGCAACCGGAGAUCGAGGAAAAUCUGUUGUUACCGGAAAAGUGAUAUCAGGAUGGCUCUAAAAGAGAUAAUAUUACCUAUUAUGCUGAAUGUACCUACAAUUAUUAAAUAAUUUUUUCACCAUUACAAUUUCAAAAGUAUUACCGUUUCAUAUAAAUAUAUUUUGAAAAUUAAAAUAAAAAAAAACACAAGUU